GCUGCUGCGACCUGAUUGGCUCCUGGACCUGUCAGUCAAUGUUUUUCCUCACUCCUGUAACCCCUGGCAACCAAACAAUCCCACUCACCGACGAGACGUGUGGAGAGGAUUUCCAAGCUAAAGUUAACUACCGUGAACUGUUUAACUACCGUGAAGCUAUUCUAAGAGCAAAGAUGCCACCGAAGAGACCAAAGAGUGCAAUAAGCAGUGCAGGCAGUAAAGGGAGAGCUAAAGGCAAAAAGAGUCAGUCACCUACACUUGUGGAAAAACCUGGUCAUCCUGAGGAUAUCUUCCCCAUGGUCCUGACAUCAGCCACCCAGGAGCUCUUUGGUUGCCUCGCUGAUGAGGACGUCACAGGGGAGAGUCCCUACAAGCUGUUGAAAAAAGACGACAUCAUACAGGACAUUAAGACAAGAGCCGCAGUGUCCGAUUUCAGCCCCGUGAAGCAGAUUGUGCUGGACUACCCAGAGGAUGAACUCUUGCUGGUGUAUGACAGGGAUUUCACCUAUGAGCAGUGCUUCUACCUGGUUCUCACACCAGAAGCCAAGGACAGAAUCCUCAAUCCCCCUGAGCCUGAGACAUCACAAGUGCUUGAGAAUGUAGUCAAUAAAACCCCAGAACCAAAGGAAUGGAUAUCUCUUGGCAGCGAGCUGGAAAUAGAUGAAGAAUCUAUCAAAGAGACCAGAGAAAAGUUGUGGUACAAGUUCUCCAGAGUGCGGAGGAAGUUUGGGGUACCAGUCUGUUUUUCAGACCGCAACACUGCAGAUGCGAAGGAUGGCUACCUAGAGUGUGCUUCCUAUCAAGACAGCAGAUUCAGCAUCAAGCAGAUGCAGAGGGACUGCGGGAUGCAGGCUGUUCCCAGACUGCAGAGCAGCAGUGCUCAGACACAGUGGAAGUUUCAGAGGAAUAUCUUUACCCAGUACGUGCCAAGAGAGUUAAGUGAUGAAGAAAAAGAGAACAUCCUCCAGUUUGAGAGUCUGAAUAAUUUUUGCAACUCAGUGACCCCCAGAGUUUUGCAAGCCCUUCAGCAGGAAGAGAUCAUGAAUGGGUUCUUUGAUGAUUGGAAGGCUCUGGGGGCAGCAGCUGAAGACGGUGACUGGUCUGGGAAGGUCUCUGAAGGUUUGAUGCUUUAUCAGGCCUUCACAGACCAGAAGUACACUAAGGACAAGAAAAUCAGCAGUAUUAACUGGCACCCUACCAUCUACGGUGUGUUAGCUGUGGCUCUGACAGAGCAAAAGGAGGAACGGACGAAGGACUCCACAACCUUUGUCGUCACACCUUCUGUCAUUCUCUUCUAUAGCUUCUCCGACCCUUCUAUUCCCCAGUUGCUGCUGGAGUGCCCAGAUGACAUUUUUGCCUUUGAGUUCUGCCCCUCUGAUCCAAAUAUUAUCGUUGGCGGCUGCAUAAAUGGCCAGGUUGUGUUGUGGGACAUUUCUGCUCACGUCACACACUUACUGGGAACGCAGCCUGGUAGUAAAAAGGUCUCUGUCAGCACUGACACAUUUGACCUCGAUGACAACCAAGAGAAUAAGACUCCUGUCGUGCGCUACUGUGCAGUGUCUGCCUUAGAGAGCAGGCACAAAGCCCCAAUUACUGAUGUCCAGUGGCUGCCACCAACAUUUGAGGUGACCAGGUCAGGCUUACCUGUGGAGAACAAGUAUAACAUUUCUGUUCAGGUUGUCACCUGCUCCCCUGACUGCACUAUAAUGUUCUGGGAUUUGCGCAUGCAAAGGUUAUUGAGCCAUUCAGCAACAGACAGAAAGCAGAGUGUGGAUCAGAAGACCCAGAUGACACCUUACAGUGUCCCUGACACUUUCAAACAUCUGGACCGGACUUGGAAACCCCUUUUCAGGGUUUCCCUGCCAAAGAUCGAUACCAGUGGAGAAUACGCUCCUUUGAAGUUCAGCCUGGAACACUACACCUGUAAUGGUAAUACAGGUAGGACCACAGAAGAAGAUAAUGAAAAUGAUGAUGGUGAUAGCUCAAAGGUUAUCCCAGACUACAGCCAGCUCAGAGUGCCUUCAGCUAAAACAGCCACAAUUCUGGAGGAUGUCAAUACCAAGCUCUAUAUUGGAACAGAGGAUGGGGAGAUUGUUCACACUGAUUGGAAACUGGAGAAGGAUGACUCAGGACGUCUGCAAAGUGCCAAGCCCCUCCACUGUUUUAACAUCCAUCACUGGUUGGUGAAUACGGUACAGCGGUCACCCUUCUACAAAGACAUUAUUCUGACAACGGGAGGCUGGAACUUCGCCAUCUGGAAGGAGGGAGUCAUGGAUGGCCCCAUCGUCCUGUCACCAAGCUCUGAGCAGGUGUGCACCUCGGGGUGCUGGUCCCUGUCCCGACCAGCUGUUUUCUUCAUUGGGAAAGACGAUGGGAGCAUUGAGGUGUGGAACCUGAUGGAAAAGACCAGUGAACCUGCGCAGGUCCACGCACACAUCACCAAUGCCAAGAUAACCUGCAUCAAACCCUGGACUGCCUCCUCCAAGCAGCACUUCCUGACUGUGACUGAUGACAUAGGAAUGGUCCGUGUAUUAGAAAUCCCAAAGGUACUCUACGUUCCCACCAGGAAUGAGAGUUUGAGUGUGAAGAAAUACUUUGAGCUGGAGGAAGAAAGGUUGAAUGAUUUUUUGAAGAGGGAAGAACUGUGGGCACAACAGAAGAGGGAAGCUGAGGAGCUCAAGAGGAAAACGGAGCCUGACAAGCCAGCAAAAUCCCUGGAAGUGAAUGAAGAGGUGAACAUGAAGGAAUACAAAGAUUACAUGACGCUGGAGGAAAGCAUCCUGAAGGGCAUCGGCUUGUGGCCAGCUGCUGCCGACAAACAAAAUACCUGAUAUCACACACAGUCACACACAUACACAUACACAAAUCACAUUUUAUAUAAAACAUAUAAAGCAGGUUUUUAUUUAUUUUUUUAAAUUUAAUUAACUGUUUUUAUAAAAACACAAAGGUUUGUAUCUUUGUUGCUGUUUUCACAAUAUGUGUCUUAUGUAUGAACUGUUUUUAUUGAAAUACGAUCUAUACUCCUCUUAGAUGUUAAAUAUGAGAACAGCAAGCAUUUUGUAAAUUGAUUCUGCCUUCAACAUUCAGACUGUGGGUUGGGGCUUCAGGGUCACUGAUGGGUUUUUUUCAUCCACUCAUCUGAGAUCUCGUUACUGGGUAAUGCCAUCCAUUAGCGCCCUCUUUACCACUACUGCUCCCUGAGGAUACAGUCUGGAAUACCUCAAGGAUUUGACCUUGGCAGAAAGUCAUUUUAUGGCUCUUUGAUUUCAUGAUAUUUAUCUGUUGUUGUUCAGAGCUCCACUAGUAUAUACAUUAAUUUUGUAUGGCUCAUCGUCUGCUGUUGAUGUUUUUUAAAUGUUUUAUUAGGAAGGAAUUUAAAAGUCAAACCACAUACAGUCAGGCCUACAUCCACCCACUCCUCAUUACAAAUCUGUUAGUCUCCAAUCAUAACCUAAAUAUGAUCCUCAUGGGGUCAAUUUAUGUAAUGUGCCUUGAUUCAGGUAACAGUUACACUGCAGAUAUCUGAACCAGAUGAAGUGGGUGGAUGUAGGACUGACUGCAUUCUGGUACUGUAGGGCAAGGUGAGAAUGAAAUAAUAGUAUGUACAGCUUUCUGUAAAUCCUUCAGAUGAUUUUAGAAAUGUAGGAGUUAGGAAAAAACGAACUAAAAAAAAAAACUAAGACUUCAAUAUUCUUGUAUAAACAGUGGGUAAAAUGA